AUGAUAGGAUUUAACGUGGGCGAUUCUAGUUAUUACAUCGGUAUUGACGUGGGCACAGGCUCCGUCCGGGCAUGCCUGGUCGACAAUAGCGGUCAAGUCAAAUCAAUAUCAACACAGAAUACCAAGACCUGGCGUGAUUCACACGACAGCAAUAUCUUCGAGCAAUCGACGACGGACAUAUGGGCAGCAGUAGGCAUUGUCAUCAAGGCAUGCUUGAAGGAGACGGAUUUUGAGGGUGAGCCUAUAGCGGUCACAAAGGGCGAGACCCUUGGGAGGCAUGGGGAAAGGAACGUCAUUCUUUGGGCAGAUCAUCGCGCAGAAGCAGAGGCUAAUUUUAUCAAUGGCACUGGAUCAAUCGUUCUGGAUUAUGUUGGGGGCAAGAUGAGUUUGGAAAUGGAAAUUCCAAAAAUUCUGUGGUUGAAGAGGAAUAUGGAUCCCCAGUUGUUUGCAAGAUGCCAAUUCUUUGAUCUUCCGGACUUUCUGACGUAUCGCGCAACGACGGAUAGCGCACGGUCGUGCUGCUCUCUCACUUGCAAAUGUUCUUACGUGCCUACAACUGGCUGGCAGAAGGAUUUCUUCAAGCAGAUCGGACUGCAGGAGCUUGUUGAAAGGGAUUAUGCACAAAUUGGCGUCCGGGAGGGCGACGAAGUAUUGAUCGCUGGAAUGCCAGUAGGUCAAGGUCUUUCAAAUACGGCGGCAAAAGAACUGGGCUUGGUUCCCGGAACCCCCGUUGGAAGUGCACUCAUUGAUGCGUAUGCAGGUUGGUUGGGCACCAUUGCAGCGCGCUAUACGGAGAAUGGCGUACUUUCGAAUGAAAUCCCGUCCAUAGAAGAAUCUGGGAGACGAUUGGCCGCAGUUGCUGGCACGAGCACAUGUCAUAUUGUACAGAGCCAAAAAGGUAUCUUCGUUGAUGGAGUAUGGGGCCCGUAUAAGGACCCUAUCAUCAAUGGAUGGUGGAUGAACGAAGGAGGACAAUCCUCUACCGGCCAGCUCAUUGAUUUCGUACUAACAAAUCAUCCUGCAUAUCCUGAAGCUGUCAAAAUCGGGAAAGAAGAAGGAAAGAAUGUACAUACGCUUAUCCAAGAGCGUCUUGAAAGACUAAGAACCACUUACAAAGUGGACACGUUCACCGAGUUGACCAAGGACCUACACAUAUACCCUGAUUUCCAUGGAAACAGGUCUCCAAUUGCUGAUCCCCGUAUGAGAGGAGUUAUGUUUGGAAUGGAAUUGGACAACUCGCUGAAUGACCUUGCCAAAAAGUAUCAUGCCACACUUAUGGCAAUUGCAUUGCAGACGCGUCAUAUUGUCGAUACGCUCAACAGUUCGGGCCAUCAGAUCGCGUCUAUCUUCAUGAGCGGUGGUCAGGCGCAAAAUAGACCACUGAUGCAGCUCUUUGCGGAUGUUUGUGGAAUGCCUGUUGUGCUCCCGGCGAACAGUGACCAGGCUGUGUGCUUGGGUGCUGCCAUGCUCGGUCGAUUCGCCGCGGAAUUUGGAAAUUCAGGGAAAGAAGAACAGGCAAAAAAGUUGUGGGAAAUCAUGGUCGAGAUGACUCCCGCUGGUACAAUGAUAUCCCCUAGUUGCGAUGCGAAAGAGAGGAAACUGCUGGAAGCGAAAUUCAAGAUUUUCUUGGAGACCAUUCAAAUACAGAAGCGCUGGCGACAGGAGAUGCAGGAAGCUUCAAAGCGAGAUCAGUUGCCGUUACAGGAAUGCGUUCCCUAUGUUUACUGUAUGGUAUCUCAGUUCGGUGUAUUGUUACUGCUGCUAAAGCAUCAAGAUCACUGGCAACUCAUUCUCCUGACGAUGAAAAUAUAUAUGAUUGUCUCCCUAGAUGAUCGCAGUUUGUAUUACUGUCAGUCGAAGAGUGAAUGA